AUGAGGGUCUUCUACCACGACGAUAAGCCUGGCGAUUGCCGCCUCCCACACGACUCUGGUGUGGAGCUUUCACCGACCCAUCUUUCUUCACUUGGAGUGCUCCAUUACGCCUUCCCGCCGUCCUCGCCCUCAUCCGCGGCCCAAGUCGAGGACCUCGCCAAAGCUCGCGCCUACGCCAACCGGGACGAAAUCACUGUUUCGCCUAGUGCCAUGGGCUCAGUCUACGAGGACAAGAUCAAGAUGUUCUACGAUGAACAUUUACACGAAGAUGAAGAGAUUCGAUACAUCUUAAAGGGAACUGGGUAUUUCGACGUUCGUGAUGCAGAGGACAGGUGGGUUCGGAUUAGAGCGGAGCCGGGCGACUUGCUCAUCUUGCCGGCCGGCAUCUACCAUCGAUUCACUGUGGAUGAAGAGAAUUACAUCAAUGCCAUGCGUCUUUUCCAGACACAGCCCAAAUGGGCUGCAUUGAACCGCAGUGGCGAAACGGAAGUGAACGAGUUUCGGAAGAACUAUGUUAGUGCAAGAGCACGGGGAUUUUCUGCGUAG